UCAAAGUACGUCGGUCCCUUCAUCAGAUCUCCAGAUCACUCGGGCUAAAGAUGGCGAAUGUGGUGCUCGAGUUUAAGGCGUCAGCCGGAGACUCGGAGCCCCAGAAUCGCCCGGUGUUAAUCGUCGGCCAACUGAGCAACCUGCAGCAGCUGAACUGGACUCAAGUGAAGGGUAAACUGCAGCCGGCGGUCACCAAAGAGGUAUGGCAGUCUGCGCUGGGCGUGCUGAGCCCCAACCCUACGGACAGCUGCCCGCUGUACCUGAGCCAGGCGCUGGUGGCAUCGCUGCCCCCCCGCGUCAGCCGCCACAACAGCCCCUCCGCCGCCCACUUCCUGUCCCGCCUCGUCCGCACCUGCCUGCCCGCCGGGAACACGCGCUGCAUCCUGGUGGUGUGUGAGCGUGCGGACGUGUUUGCGUCGGCGUGUGCGGUCGCGCGGGCCUUCCCCGUCUUCUCCCGCCGCUCGUCAUCGUCACGCCGCUCUGAGAAGAAGCUGGUUACCGUGGAGUUCAUCACCGUUGGCAACAACAAUGGCCCUCUGGAUGCCAGCACCCUGAAGUGUCUGAGUAACGCAGCGGACGGCGUGAGGUUGGCUGCCCGCAUCGUGGACACACCCUGCAGUGAGAUGAACACCGACCACUUCCUGGAGGAAAUCCGCACUGUUGGGCAGGAGCUGGGUAUCACUCCCACCAUCAUCCGUGGAGAGGAUCUCAAGCACAAGGGCUUUGGAGGGAUCUAUGGAGUGGGAAAGGCAGCAGAGCACCCCCCUGCUCUGGCAGUGCUAAGCCACACCCCCUCAGGUGCCACUCAAACCAUCGCCUGGGUGGGCAAGGGCAUCGUCUACGACACCGGCGGCCUGAGCAUCAAGGGCAAGACCACCAUGCCAGGAAUGAAGAGGGACUGUGGAGGUGCAGCAGCCAUCUUAGGAGCCUUUAAAGCUGCAGUCAAGCAGGGCUUUAAGGAUAACCUGCACGCUGUCUUCUGUCUGGCUGAGAAUGCUGUGGGACCCACAGCCACCCGUCCUGAUGACAUCCACACACUCUACUCUGGAAAGACGGUGGAGAUCAACAACACGGAUGCGGAGGGGCGGCUGGUGCUGUCUGACGGGGUGGUGUACGCCAGCAAGGACCUCACCGCCGACAUCAUCCUGGACAUGGCUACUCUCACAGGGGCCCAGGGCAUCUCCACGGGGAAAUACCACUGCGCGGUGAUGACCAAUAGCGAGAGGUGGGAGGCGGCCUGUGUGCGUGCAGGGCGGAGCAGCGGUGAUCUGGCCCAUCCCCUCGUGUACUGCCCCGAGCUGCACUUCACCGAGUUCACCUCCGCCGUCGCAGACAUGAAGAACUCUGUAGCAGACCGUGAGAAUGCUCAGAGCUCCUGUGCUGGCCUCUUCAUUGGUUCCCAUCUAGGGUUCGACUGGCCGGGUGUGUGGGUGCAUGUGGACAUCGCCUCCCCUGUCCAUGCUGGCGAGCGUGCGACUGGUUUCGGCGUGGCUCUGUUGUUGGCUCUGUUUGGCCAGGCCUCUGAGGACCCUGUGCUAAACAGCGUGUCACCACUGGGGGGCGCCGGCGACCAGAGCUCUGCCGAUCCCAUGGAGCGUGACUGCAAGAGGAGGCGGCUGGUGUAAAGACACACACUCGCACACUCACGCACACACACACACGCGCGCACCCACACCCACACACACACACACACACACAAUCUCUGAUGUGUUGUUUAACCGUCUCCAGUGCAGUCGAUGUCCUGAAGUGCAGUUGUCCCCUGAGGGAGCCAUGGUCCAUGUGCACACUCCCCACACACACUCCCCACACACACACACACACACACACACACACACACACACACACACACACACACACACACACACACACACACACACACACACACACACACACACACACACACACACUCUCAUGCCAACCUCGUGAUUGUGAUGAAGCACCCUGAGCUGCACAUGUGAUUAAAGCUGCUAUCAGUGAAA